CUUCUUUUUAAGAUGAAAAGAAAAACCCUAAAAUUUUAAAGGUUCAAAUUUGGCUCUCCAUUUUCCUUUCUAAGUUCUGGCAUUUUCCAUUCCACGUUCACCCAAAAACUCUUAUAAAUUCUCUCUCUACGCUCUUCUCCUCUCAUUGCAAAUUGAGUGAAAACAAAGGAAAAAAAUGGCAGAAGAAUUGGCGUUAGAUUUGGAAGAGCUUAGACAACUACAGAGCAUAGCAAAGAGGCCGAGAGUUGUUUCUUUUAUCGACUCUGAGAUUCGCAACUUGGAGAAGUUGUCAAAACAGGCUGCUAAUGUCCCUGUUUCACAAACUCCAACUCCAAUUCCUGCACCAGUUAAGGUGCCUUAUAAUCCAGCACCAAGUUAUGUUACGCUUGCGUCUUUCAGUUGGGAUCAGGACAACGAGAAAGUCAAGAUAUAUAUCUCUUUAGAAGGAGUUGAGCAGGACAAAAUGGAAACUGAUUUUAAGCAGAUGUCGUUUGAUGUCAAAUUCCAUGAUGUCAAAGGAAAGAAUUAUCGGUUAACCAUUCCGAAGUUGAACCAGGAGAUUGUUCCAGAGAAAUGUAAGGUGGUUGUUAAACCUGCUAGAGUUAUCAUUACCUUGAUCAAAGCUUCCAAAGGGAACUGGUUAGACUUGCAUUUCAAAGAGGACAAGCUGAAGCCAAAUCUGGAUAAGGAACGCGAUCCAAUGGGUGGAAUUAUGGACUUGAUGAAGAAUAUGUACGAGGAAGGGGAUGAGGAAAUGAAGCGAACGAUUGCAAAGGCUUGGACUGAUGCGAGAUCCGGUAAAACGGCCGACCCUCUAUCAGGGUAUCGCUAAAUCAAAUUAGACAAAGUUAAUAUCAUUGAACAUAGAGGGGGUUGAUCUCACUUUGUA